AGAAGAUGGUCGCAUCAUGGCGGUCGAUUUGACUCCUCGGUUUCGAAGGUUGAACAGCCAAACGAGAAGUUUCAGAGAAAAUACGCCUCAUGAUUUCUCAAAGCCGUUCGGCGCCACUCAGCUGUGGCAGAACAUCAUCCAUGCCCUGCGGGCUCAGGUGGAGGUGCGUCGCUGCAGGAGACACCUCCGUGUUCACGCUGACUGCUUCGCAGGCUCGGACGCCGUGGACGCGGUUCUCAGCUACCUGAUGCAGAACGUGGUGUUCUGCACCAGCGAGGUGUCUCGCCUCAAGGCCGCUCGGCUCUGCCAGGCUCUGAUGGAGGCCAAGGUGUUUGAGCCGGUGGGGACCAAGCUGUUUCGCACGGACAAAGAGGCAACCUUUGAGGACAGCAGCGGCAGCCUUUACCGGUUCCUGGAACAGAGGACGAGAAGCAGUCCUGCCAUGAAGGAGGACGGCAGUGAUGUCGAAAACAUGCUGCUGGAUGAACACCAGACAAAGAGGAAAAAGACUUCAAGGCUUCAUGAGAUGAGGACCAUAUCGAACCCUCUUGCUGUGGAACCGUCAGACAGGAGAGUCGAACGGCUCUUCAGGUCCAUCAAUCUGCGAGCGUCAUUUUCUCCGGCUCUGAACGCAGCAUCGGCAGCUUCUGGCUUCCUGUCUAAAGCUGUGGUGGAUGACGUUUGGAAGCAGCAGACGCUGCUGCAGCUGCUGCACAUCGUGGAGCUGCCGGUGCUGGACUCAAUCCUCACCUCUCCUGAAAGGGUUCGGCUCCGAUCCUGCACGGCUCCGCUGGCCAGUUACGACCUGGUUAUCUCUAACACCUGCCUGGAAAGAGACCUCCCCGACACGCUCAGCCUGCUCCAGCUGGACUCCUGGCUGUCGGCAGGCGACUGCCUUGAACUGUUUCCAGACCAGUUGAUUAUGGUCACAGCAGAACAACUCAGCCACCAUAGCUGUAACAAUGCAGAGGAGACAGCCAGUCAGAAGAGACUGCUCUUUGACACGAUUGCCAAGUACUACAACGGGCAGGAAAAAGCGGCGCUGAUAUCAGGACGCUACCUGGACGUCCAUGUUGCUAUUCUGAAUCUACUGGGCGACGGGAAGACGAAGGAUGCUAUCAGAGCAUCUCAGCUGUGUCUGCGGCUGCUGGAGACGAGUGUGAGGGAUGAACUGAGGAGACUGCUGACCUUCAUGGCCGCCGCAGCUCAGACAAACGCCUGCCGGCUGCAAAAGCAGGUUGAUAAUCGGACUUUGGUCUGCCGCACUUUUCAGAGAGGGCUUGUUCAGAAUCAUGAACUCACUCGACCCCAGAGCGAAACGCUGGUGCUGUUUCUCAUGGACCAUCAUGCUGAACUUUUCAAGACUCCUGCAACACUUAUUGAAGCGGUGAGAAGAACGUUGAGGACUUUGCAACAGGGGAAGGAUCCAGACUCGGUUGCUUCAGCGUUCACGUUCUGCCAGCGGGUAACCCCUCAGGAGUACGAAGAUCAACGUGACGCCACAACUCUGGAAAGCCUCAGACAACUCCUCCGAGACAUUUCAUCCAACACCAACAUGGCUGCCAAGCAGAAGAGGAAGCUGCUCAAAGAGUUUGAAAAACAUCACCCUGUUGUCUUCCUCCAGCAUUUUUCUAGCUCUUUCUAAAACAAGCACUGGUGUCUGAGGUUAUAACUGAGCAAUAACUGAAAUGCAACCAUCAAAUGUUUAGUAGAAAGAAAAUGAAACAUUUUCAGCUGAACAUUUCAGCUUAUUCAAAUAUUGUUAAAGUAAAGAAAAUUAUUUUAAUACGGUCUUUUAAAUGUAUGAGGUUAUUAUAGUUGAGAUUUGUUGCUUUGUUUUUGAGUGUUUAUUAGGAAAGCAGCUAAUGAUGCUGAGCAGACACAGGUAGAACUUUUUUCUUCUAAAAAAUGUGAUGAUGUUUUUGUGUUCAAUUGAGUAUUUUUCUGAAAUCAGAUGCUGGAUUUGGACAAACCCUAAUUUUGAUUUAAUAGAGGUUUUUGCUCUGCACUUCUGUCCUGCCCAACUUCAUAAAGCAUUAUAUUUCAACAUAUCAGUUGAUAAAAAAAAAAAAAAACAUUUCUGUAGUUUAUCUUGUUUUGCUGAAAGAACUGAAGACUAAUGUAAUUGAAGUUAAUGGUAUGAAUCUCAUUUUACAUUAUGUUUAAAUGAACUGAAUCGAAAAGGUAGAUUAUAUUAGUAUUACUGUAGCUCAGGGUAAUAUUUCAAGUUUUAAUUGUAGGCGUUGUGAAAGUGCUACUUAUUCAAAUUUUUUUUAUUUAAACUUUUAAACACUUGAAUUAAUUGAAAGGAUAUUGUGUGAUAUGACUCGGCAUAAUUGUUGAAUACUAAUUUAACUUUGGUGAAAUGUGAGAAGUUGGUAAUAACCUUUUGAAACCAUGUUUAGUUUACUCUAAUUUUUUAGUUUUGUCAUUUGCUAACACUUAAAUCAGGGCAGAAUGCACUUUAUGAUGUUGAAACAUG